AGAGACAGGCCCACGUGUACUGUGUUGACUGUCAAAGUACUCAGUACCCGGAAGCCCUGCGUUCUGACCUGAGUUCCCGCCCGUACGCCGGUGAGACCCCUGGCCAGCUGGCGAUACGGGAUCAUGAGCGCCGCGGGCAUACUGGCCUUUGCCCAGCAAGGCUGGGAGCAGGUGCUGGCCAAAGUGAAGUGGUCCGUGGUCUACCUGGACGCUGCCUGCGCCGAGAGCCUGCACUGGAGCUGCGGAUCCAGCCGGCUUCUGGAGGCGGUGAAGGGUCCUGCGUGUCACCUGCGGGAAUUUGAACCCCAGGCCAUUGGCGGGGGAGCCAAGCAGCCCCGGGCGGUUUUCGUUUUGAGCAGCCCGCUGAAAGGCCGGAUCGUAGACACUCUACAGAGUAUCAUUUGCCGCAGUCACUUUCAGCACUGUGUGGUGGUCACAGCCGUGAGCCACGCAGUCCACCUCACUGCUAACCACGUACCGGCCGCUGCAGCGGCCGAGCUCGAGGGGCAGCAGCCGGUGUUCGAACAGCUGGAGGAGAAGCUCUGUGAGUGGAUGGGCAACGAGAACUAUACGGCCGAGGUGCUCCACGUCCCGUUGUUUCUCGCCCCUGUUGCCUCCCAUCUCGCUUUUACUCCAGCCUUUGCUACCCUCUUCCCACUGCUACCUCAGGAUGUCCACGCUCUUAACAGUGCCAGACCCGACAAGAGGAGGCUGAGCAGCUUGGGUGAGGUGGAUGCCACUGCCCUAACCCCAGAGCUGCUGCUGUACAUCAGAUGCCUCGUGUCAGGCCUCAGUUCUCUGUGUGAACAUCUAGGGGUACGAGAGGAGUGUUUCGCCGUGGGUCCCCUCAGUCGGGUCAUCGCUACAGAUCUGGCAAAUUAUGCCCCCGCCAAGAACAGGAAAAAGACUGCUACAGGCAGGGCUUCUGUGGUCUUUGUGGAUAGAACUCUGGAUCUCACAGGAGCGGUUGGACACCACGGAGACAACUUAGUAGAGAAGAUCAUGUCAGUGCUUCCACAGCUUCCAGGCCACACCCACGACGUGAUGGUCAACAUGGCCGAGCUCACUGCUGUCCAGGCUGUGGAGGAAAACCAGAACGUGAUUGCACCAGGCUGCCUUGCCCCAUCCAAUGAGGCCUCAGCCAAGGCCCUGUGGGAAGCCUUACUGAACUCCAAGCACAAAGAGGCAGUGAUGGAAGUUCGGAGACAUCUAGUGGAAGCAGCCAGCAGAGAGAACCUGCCCAUCAAGAUGAGUAUGGGAAGAGUCACUCCAGGGCAGCUCAUGUCCUAUAUUCAACUCUUCAAGAACAACCUCAGAGCUCUUAGAAAUCACUGUGGGCUUCUACAGCUUGGGAUGGCCACAGUUCAAACUCUGAAGCACCCACAGACUGCCAAGUGGGAUAACUUCCUGGCAUUUGAAAGGCUCCUUCUACAGUGCUCCUUUGUCCUCAGAGCAUGUGGUCACCUACUACAUUCCUGCCAUGGGACCAUGCUUCCACCGGUGCCACGCCAGCCUCCGUGGGUCCAUCCUCCACAUGGAUGUCCUUUCAUUCCCUGAGGUUGGGACAACCCAUGCUGGGCCUAACCCCUGUGCUCCGAAGAUCUUAACGUCUUGUGGCUCUAACAGCCUGCGUUGGGCUAGUGUCACCUUUCCUGAGGGACUUUGUCCUCACCUGAUAACUACUAGCUCUAAGCCACUGGGCUCCCUCUCUCGUGCCCCCCACUGUAACAUGAGGACAGACUCUGUUCUACAAACCAGUCAUAUCUGCUAAGGUUAGCCUCUGGCGUCAAAAUGAGUCAAAGCAUCUCAAAGUAAGAUUUGAUAGAUUUUCCCCCUUAGGAUGACAAUAAUCUGAGGAUUUGGUUAGAAAGUGGAGCAAUUGAGUUUAUUUUGAGCACAAGGGCAACAUUUAGCUUUUCCCAAGGGCUUGAGAAACCUCAUUUGCAGCUAAGAGUUGGUUACUUCUUUAUGGUCUCAUUUAUACCACUGCCGCUGGGCCUCCUCCACUGUGACCCCUGCGCUGCUGCUGAGCCUUUUUCACUCUGACCCCAGUUGACUUUAUGGCUUAAGUCAGACUAAGAACUCCUAUCCUGGAAAAGUGGCACAUGGCACCCACUCUGUCUACUGCUCUGACUCACAGUCUUCUGAAAACCUCAGCCCAGGCUCUGGAAUACAAAGCUACUGAACCAGGCUUUUAACUAAGAGUUUAUUCAAAAUAAACGCUUUCAUCUACCAACAGUGAUUACACUUUAAAAAAUAGGGGACGGAAGAUUUUCAUAACUCUUUCUCUCCUUCUCAUCCCCAGAGUCCACAGCAGUGUUUUAAAUGUUGAACAUAUUUAUAGUAAUUGCCAAAUUAUUCAUUUACAAACAGCAUUGGCUGAACCCAGACACACAGACUUGUGAUACUAAUCAUAGGUGUGUUUGAUCAUAAAGAUACUUUCUUUGCUUAAGGAAUUGUAUUAUUUUAAAUCAAUUUUUUUUUCAGUUUACAACUGGGGGUGUUGAUUUUCUAAAAUCACUUUAUGAUUUUAUUUUCUAUGUGUGGGUGUUUUGCUUACAUACAUUUUCCCAUGGAGUCCAGAAGAGGGUGUUGGAUCCUCUGGAGCUGAAGUUGCACACAUUUGUGAGCCAUUGUGUUGGUGCUGGGGAUCACACCCAGGUCAUGUGCGAGUCGCCAGUGCACUCAGCUGCUGAGCCACCUCUUCAAAACUCACACGAAGUUAUUAGAACAUGUUAAAUUUAGUUUUAGCGGAUGUGUAACACACCAAAAAUUGUGCAUAUGAUAGAAUAACAUAAUGCUUUGAUUUAUGUGUAUGCAUUUAUGUAGUGUUCAAGUCAGAUUAAACAUAGCUCUGACACUAUUUUUCAUGAUAAAAAUUUUGCAUGUCCUUUGACAGGUUGUUUGAAAUGUGUGCUCUGCUGCUGUUACUUAGAGCAGCUGAGCUAUGCAGCAAUAGCACACUAGGACUUCAGGGCUAGUCUCUUAAAUCAAAACCUAGAGUCACUUAGUUUGGCAUUACAGAUGUGGAAUUUUCCAUUUUAAUAAUACAGCAAGAAAAUUUAGAUUAGAAAGUGAAACUGAAAUAUGAACACCGCAGUGUCUUGUGAUGCUUUGGUACUGAAGGAAACUAUAGGCACACUUCAGGUAGGUAGCAAGCACUCCGUUAGUAGGAACCAUCCACCAUGUGUUCUUUCAGAUGAGCAAACUAAGCAAAAUGUCUAUGUUAUCAUGUCAUACUGCUAAUAUAUUCUCUUCUGUACUUUACUCUUCUAAGUUAAAAUUUAUUGAAGAAAAAUGAGUGCAACUCAGAAAAAUGUUGUAUUUUAAAAGUUACUGUUUGAUAACAUUCAACAGUAUUUUUCUUUAAGUCUUCAGUAUAUAGCUGAUGUUUUUAUGCUAAUUGUCACCGGAAAAGGCUUUUAUUGGGUGUAAUAUAAUUUACAGUGGUUAUAAAAUGCUAGCAAGCUAUAGAAAAGAGGAAGCAGCUGUGUUUAUACUUCCUAUAGCACUCACAUGUAAAUAUAUAUGUUUUAUUCUUCUUUUGCUAUUGCUUUAUAUAAAACUAUCCAAUUUGGAAAAUAGGUUUUAAAUGAAAAGCUAAAUGACUAUAAAUUAAUUCAAGCUUAUAUAGGUAUAAUAUUCCCUUAGCUUAAAUUGUAUCUGUCUUUGCAAUCAAUGAAAAAAUAAGCAUAUGAUUUUUAAAGUUGUCAAAGUAGUUUUUUAAGGGUAAGAUUUGUUUUUUUUCUAUUAAAUUGUAGAUUACCUUUUUCUAAAACAAACUACAUUUAAGAAAGUAAAUAAUAAUAUAUCUGCU